CAGGCACAGCUUAUUAACUGACGUGAUCGAGGGCGCUCGCGAAUUCCGCAUUCGGCCGUGGUCUGUCAGUGAAACGGGCGCGUACUCUGCUCGUCUCUGGUCGGCACUCGGCAGUUGGCGGUCGCACCACAAUACAGAACCUACGCCAACACUGACACAAUUGGACCGUACGCAUUUCGCACACAAGGAAACAAAAUCAUUAGAACAAUGAUAGGUGAUGAAGAACGUGUUCACCAGUGCAGGGAGUGCGGGUUGACGCUGUCAACUCGGAGCGCGUUGACGGCGCACACGAGGUCUCACAGGGCCUCCGCUGACGCCCACCGAUGUGACGUGUGCCACAAGACAUUCGCGGUGCCGGCGCGCCUGGUGCGACACUACCGCACGCACACGGGCGAGAGGCCCUUCGAGUGCGAGUACUGCCACAAGAUGUUCAGCGUCAAGGAGAACCUACAAGUGCAUCGCAGAAUACACACCAAGGAAAGGCCGUACAGAUGCGGGGUUUGUGGCGCUGCGUUCGAGCACUCCGGGAAAUUGCAUCGACACGCUCGCAUCCACACCGGGGAGAGGCCGCACGCCUGCCCGCACUGCCACAAGACUUUCAUCCAGUCGGGACAACUAGUCAUCCACCUCCGCACCCACACGGGCGAGAAGCCGUACCGUUGCCCGGCGCCCGGCUGUGGCAAGGGCUUCACUUGUUCCAAACAACUGAAAGUGCAUUCUCGCACGCAUACAGGCGAGAGGCCGUACACUUGCGAGAUAUGCUUCCGUGAUUUUGGCUACAACCAUGUAUUGAAGCUGCACCGCUUCCAACAUUUCGGUGAACGCUGUUACCGCUGCACGGUGUGCGACGGUACGUUCAACACCAAGAAGCAGAUGGAAGCGCAUAUCUACAAGGAGCAUGGGGCCGACGCGCCACAGACGGCGCCGCUGCCAGUCACGGCUCCGGCGCUGAGCGGCAACAUGAUGUGUGACAUCGUUGAAGCGGCGCUGCAGCAACUGCCUCCAACUCCACCCAGCUCACCGCCAUCACCCCCAUCAGCAUCAUCAUCACCGACGGUCUCUACAAUAUCCUACGUCGCUCCGAUACCUGCACCCGUCGCUCCCACGCCAUCGCCAUCACCACCUGUGUGCCAACAAUUCAUCUUAGUGCCUUCUUCACUACCGCCGCGGAAACGCAAAUUUAUACCUCAAAUAGAAAUACCCGAACCUGUAGUUCGGCAUACAUCUGUAAUACAGUUUGCACCAGCAGCCGAGUCUUCGUAGCAAAUUAAUAUGAAACUAUUAGCAAUAUUUAACGCUUAAAUUAAAAGGCUGUUUUUCGACUGCAUAAAUGUUAUUAUUGUGUUAGUAAAGUAUAACGUGAUCUUGAAUAGUUAAUAAUAUUAGUUAAAAAUUGUUUGCAUAAUAAUAACAACUGUCAUAAUUGGAAAGACUAAUUAAAUAUUAAGAAUACAUUUGUUUAAUAAUUAUAAUAUGUAUUAAUUUAAAUGAUUAGGUAAUUUUAAUUAAGUUAAGAGCUGUUUAUCUAUGCAGUUUAGAUGGUC